AUGAAGUCUUUCGCAUGCAGAGAAGCAUCCCGUCUGUUUUCACGCUCAAACCUCGCCCACCGUGCGUCAAUUACGGCUCCCAGGAAUGCAAACAUUCGCACACAAGAGCAAAGAAGAGGGUUCCGGGAAACAAGAAGACUAUUGGUAGUUAAACCGUACCUUCUGGCAGAUAUUGGGGAAGGUAUUACCGAAUGCCAGGUUAUCCAAUGGUUCGUGAAGCCCGGCGCGCGCGUAGAGCAAUUCGACCCUAUCUGUGAAGUACAAUCGGAUAAAGCAUCUGUCGAGAUUACCUCGCGGUUCGAUGGCGUUAUCAAAAAGUUGUACUACGAACCGGAUGACAUGGCCAAGGUUGGAAAGCCUCUAGUAGACAUCGAUAUCCAAAGCGAGAUCUCCGCAGCUGACGAAGCCCUACUCAACGGAGGAUCAGGCAAACAAGACGAUGAGGUCCUACUUACCGGAGGUGGGGGUACUCAGUCAGAUCAGGGAGCACCGAUGACUGCAGAACCACAAGAACAGGGGAUUGAGCUUGGAAGGAACGAUACGAAGGCUGCGACUGGAGAUUUGCCCGCGUUAGAUCAAAGCACGAGUCUACCAUCCGAACCAACAACACAAAGACAACCAGGAAAGCAUGCGUCGCUCGCCACGCCGGCUGUGCGACAUAUGGUUAAGGAGCACAAGAUCAAGAUUGAAGAUAUACAAGGCACAGGAAGGGAAGGUCGCGUGCUCAAAGACGAUGUGCAGCGGCACAUCGAAUCGAUGAAGCAAACCACAACUACACCAUCGACAAGCUCAAUGCCAGCGCCUGCUGCCACACAACAAAUGGAGGAUCAAGUCAAGCCAUUGACUCCAGUCCAGUCUGGCAUGUUCAAACAGAUGACAAAAUCCCUAUCAAUCCCCCACUUCCUGUACACGGACGCCGUAGACUUCAGCUCGCUUACGUCCCUCCGCAAAAAGUACAAUGCAGGUCGCGAGAAGCCAGAUCGGAUAACACCACUACCAAUCAUCAUCAAGGCGGUAUCGCUCACACUCCAGCAAUUUCCAUUACUCAACUCACACCUGGAUACAACUACGAACCCAAACAAGCCACAGAUUGUACUAAAGGGAAGCCACAACAUUGGUGUAGCAGUCGAUUCGCCUGCUGGGCUACUCGUACCCGUCAUCAAGAAUGUACAAGCCCAUAGCAUCGCCUCGCUAGCGCAAGAAAUCCAGCGCCUCAGCUCGCUGGCACGCGCUGGAAAGCUCUCAUCUGCUGAUCUCACUGGUGCGACUUUUACCGUUAGCAACAUUGGUAGUAUAGGCGGUGGUGCUGUGGCACCUGUCAUCGUUGGGCCUCAGGUUGGUAUUCUGGGUAUUGGGAAAGCGAGGGUAGUGCCGGCGUUUGGGGAAAAUGAUGAGCUGAUCAAGAGGGAGGAGUGCGUAUUCAGCUGGAGUGCCGAUCAUAGGGUUGUUGAUGGAGCGUAUGUUGCGAGGGCGGCGGAGGAGGUGAGGAAGUGCUUGGAGGGUGUUGAAGGAAUGCUCGUUAGAAUGCGAUAG